CUCCCACCCACGGCUCCCGCAUCCAGUUCCGCCAUGCACGACAUCUACAAUCGCUCUCAUAACAUUUUUCUCUUCUCUCUCUUUUCCUUCAAUCUCUGCGGCUUUCGCUCCCUUUGCGAAGUCUCUGGAUGAAGCGCCCGGCGAGAGCUGGGCCGCAAUUUAAUUGCCAGUGAUGUCAGACUCAGUCGACAGGGUGUUUAGCCAUGCCCUCAAUACAGUCAACAAGAUCCGUACCGGGUCUCAGAAACCGCCAUCUGCCACUCGAUUGAAGCUCUAUGGCUUGUACAAACAGGCUAUGGAGGGCGAUGUGGACGGGAUAAUGGAUCGUCCUUCGGGGAAUGGGGAAGACGUCAAGCGCGCGCAAGAGAAAUGGGAUGCAUGGAAACAGCAGAACAACCUCUCACGAACAGAAGCAAAGCGGCGCUACAUCACCACCCUGAUUGACACAAUGCACAAAUAUGCCUCCCCGUCGCCAGACUCCCGCGAACUUGUCGCCGAACUCGAAUUCGUGUGGGAUCAAGUGAAAUCAAACGUGCCUUCCUCCUCGUCAUCAUCACCACUUCAGACAUUAGACAGCGUUGGACUACAUAUGCCACCCAACUACUCUCGAAUCGGAGGAAAGGAAGGCCGAGACCCAGAGGAUGAAAGGCUACAGAUCCGCAGCCCGAUGUCGCAAUCCGAAGAAGAGCAAAUGGAAGACGACAUAGAAGCCGAAGAAUUCGUCGACGCACCGGACUCCCAGUACAACCCCAACACGGAGCCGGACAACGACGGCGAGACCGACAACGAAGACGCAGGCGUCCAGACCGAUCUCAGACAGGAACCCCCGGUCCCGAUCUCCAAAUCGAAAGCCCUCAUCCGCCGGCCCUCCCACAAAGCCGCAGCCCAACCCGAAAGCCCCGCAGACCAGAAGUGGAGGAAGAGAGUCGAGCAAGCGCUCGUCAAGAUGACGGCCGAAGUCGCGGCUCUGCGCGAACAGCUCGAGUCUCGGCGGCUCUUUAGUCAUAGCCGGAAAUACACGUUCUUCCGCUUCAUCUGGAGAGUCGUCUGGGGGACUUUGAAACACGCCGCGAUAGACAUCCUCGUGUUAGGCAUCGUCUUGCUAUAUCUACGGCGGAGGAAGGACACACGUCUCGAAGGUGCGGUGAGAGUGCUGUUAGGAGACGCUGUGGCCCAGGUCCAGAAAGUAGGCGUGGGCAAGAUAGCACUGCCUAGCUUGAAAGGAAAGAAACCAGGCUGAUCACCACAGCCCUCAUUCGAAAAGAGUCGCUAUGAACUUUGAAGAUAGAAGCGAUUCGAGGCAAAGUCUAUCUUCACAUGUAGCAUUCGGAGCCUGUAUGAUUCGCAGAGUUGAAUGAGAGUACUCGUUACUCAACAUGUUGUACAUACCUACAUAUAUAAACCUAGAUAUUCACGCAGCCCAAUGAACGAACGCAUGUAUCCUGCAC